CAACACCCGGAUUUCUCAUUUUGUCUUUGUUCAAACCCCUGCCGACAGUUCCACGAUGGCCUCCAUACCAGCCGAACCCUCAAUCGCAAACUCGUCCACUCUGUGUCAACAGCUGUCCGUCGUCCGUCAUCCUACGCGGAUCCGUCUCCCUGGCCGCCGCAAGGUGGCCUACGACUACGAGUUGCCAGACUUCAGAGGGUUGAAGGUUCAAGCGCUUUCGAAGAAGUUGACAUUUACUGCGAGGAGUCCUCGGUUGCCUACAAGAAACACCCGGUGCAUAGUCUGCGAAUGCGAUGCUCAGGAAACUGCAGUCGAUAUUCCAACAGCAAGUGAUGAGACAUGGCAGUCAUUAGUCCUGGAAGCGAAGGGAGCAGUGCUGGUUGAAUUCUGGGCGCCAUGGUGCGGGCCAUGCAGAAUGGCGCAUCCAGUAGUAGCCGAGCUGUCCAGGCAAUACGCUGGGAAGGCGAAGUUCUACAAAUUGAACACCGACGACAGUCCGUCCACUGCAACCAAGUAUGGCAUUCGCAGCAUCCCAACCAUCAUCAUUUUUGUCGAUGGUGUGAAGAGAGAUGCAAUUAUUGGCGCUGUACCCAAGACAACACUAACUGCCACCAUUGAGAAACUAAUUUAACAACACGUUUUUAUGCCUUUUGAGUUUUGGUUACUUCGGACCAGCUGAAAUUUAUUAAAGAAGCAAGAUUUCACUUUCAGAGGGGAAGUUUCAUAUGUUACAACCAUUUACCCUUUGUUUUGGAAGGAAGGGAGGAAAAUGAGGGGAGGUGAAGGAAAAUUAGGAGGGGAGGGGAGAUUUCGAGGUGAAGGAAAUUGAGAGGAAAAUGUUGUUUUAUGGAUGAAAAUGGGAAGAAAAGUACGUAUUGGGAAGUGUAAUGAAUAUGUUAUUUUAUU